AUGCCUUUCCCUCCAGUUCAUUGAUCACGAAACAUGAUUACGGUUUCGUUCCCGGAUUGAGAUGAUCCAUGUGGUUCGAAUUUGUUGGCUCAGGGUCAGAUAGCGAGGAGUGAAAGCGAUCUUUCAGUUUCUUGGGUUAAUUUUCCUGCUUAUUUUCGUGGGAAAAUUUUCUACCCGGAAAAAUGGGGGAGCCUUUCUUUGAUCUUAUGGAGUUUUUGAAGAAACCUUCGAUAACCGAGACAUUAGUCGACAUUUUGCUAUGUGCAGUUCCGAUUUGGCUCGCAGUCAUGAUCGGCAUGCUUAUCGGCUGGGCCUGGAGGCCCCGGUGGACGGGAAUCGUGUUCCUCGGCCUCCGUGGUAAGUUUCGGUUCCUCUGGACGGCUCCACCGGGCUUUGGCGCUCGGCGGUUAUGGUUGGCAUUUACAGCGCUGUCUGCGUUCUCCAUUUGCCGCACAAUGUGGUCCAAUUUCAAGCGGAAGGGCAAAGGACAAACUGUUUGGCCCCCGGAACAGGAGAAUGUAGCGGCAGCAAUGCCAAAGGUUGGAGAAGGAAGCAUUGAAGCUGCAGGGUCUAAUGUUAAAGCUGGUGAGAAAGAGCGGGAUGUUACUGAGGCUGAUUUGGAACAUCUCCUCCAUCUUCUCGAAGGGAAGGAUGGAGUGAUGGACUGGCAAAGCUUGAUGGAGAGGUCUACCCCGAAUAUGGCUUACCAAGCUUGGCGUCAUGAGCCUGAGACUGGUCCUACAGUUUACCGCAGCAGAACUGUCUUUGAAGAUGCGACGCCAGAGUUAGUCAGGGAUUUCUUUUGGGAUGAUGACUUCCGUCCUAAAUGGGAUCCUAUGUUGGCAUACUGCAAUGUUUUGGAGGAAUGCCCUCGUGCAGGGACAAUGGUUGUUCACUGGAUAAAAAAGUUCCCCUUUUUCUGUAGUGAUCGAGAAUAUGUUAUUGCUCGAAGAAUAUGGGAGGCUGGAAAUUCAUACUACUGUGUGACAAAGGGGGUGCCUUAUCCAAGUUUACCCAAGCGAGACAAGCCCAGACGAGUAGAUCUUUACUUUUCCAGUUGGGUCAUCAAACCUGUGGAAUCUCGCAAAGGAGAUGGACAGAUGUCUGCCUGCGAGGUUACCCUUUUACAUUAUGAAGACAUGGGGAUCCCCAAAGACGUCGCGAAGCUGGGCGUCCGCCAUGGGAUGUGGGGGGCUGUUAAAAAACUUCACUCUGGAAUGAGAGCGUAUCAGAAUGCUAGGAAAACGGAGGCAUCCUUGUCAAGAUGCGCACUGAAUGCAAGAAUCUCAACCAGGAUCUCUAUAGAAAAUAUGGAGUCGUCUGAGCCUUCUUUAGCGCAGGAAGAGAGAGAUCAAGCCCUUAGAAAUUGUAGGAGACAAGAUGGUCCUGGCUUGGACUGGAAGUGGUUGGCUAUUGGUGGGACUGUUGCUCUGGUUUUGGGUAUUCACGGUGGUGCAGUAGGGAAAGCAUUGUUAGUGGGUGCAGGGCGCAGAAUUGCACGGGGCUGAGUGGUCUAGAAUCUAGUAAACAAGAGUUUCUAUUUGUUGUCAUUUUGUAGAUUCAUUAUAGUUGUAAUCUAUAACAGUAUAUUCUUUUAUAUUCGAUGAUGUACUUGUGCGAUUGGUUUUUUCAUAUUACAUGAGUCUCGUAGAUUGAUCAGACCCACGUAUUUUACAGUAGACGGCGCUUUGAUUCCAUGCAUCUCGACAAGAACUCCUAUGCAUGGAAGAUGGCUAUGAAAA